AUUCCAUAAUGCAUUCGCCUCUCAUGAGAUUUCAUGAUUCUGUGACCCUUCUCACCACAUACAGAAAGCUAAUAAGCGACAUUGUAACUGGAGCACCCAGCAUAGUCAUGUUUCAGCAUCAAUUGGUCGCCUCGUUCCCAAAAUGCUCACCAAUGCCCACUCUACAACACAUUGCAAGCUGAUUCACCAGCUAAUGGAAAGUGGACAACAUCGCCUUCCUGAAGCCUCGACCCUCUUGGGUAUCUUGGUACACCGGCCUAUGCACAGUAAUGCUAACCCAGCAUCCAUUCCAGAUAGUUAUAUAAGUCCCUGUCCUUCACCCUUCUGGUCUUAUCCAAGACAGCACUCAGCUCGGACACAGUCUUACCUACUUACUACAAGAAAAUCCAAUCUCGAUCCACUUACAAAACAACUAAAUCCACAAACCCCACCCAAAAUGGCAAUCUGGCUCCAAGGCCCCGGCUCCGGCGCCAUCGCCGACCCCGCCCUCAAAAUCCGCCCGGACAGAGGAGGCGCAAUCGUGCAGCCAUCAAGACCGGAUGCGAAGCAGGGAGCUGUUCACUUCAUUCUCCCCGCCCCACCACGCGAAAACCCGAACAUCACCUCCGUCGACGUUGACUUUGAAACCGAUUCGGCUUACGUCGACGCGGUGGCUAUCCGCUUUGCCAACAUGGAGGCAUUCCGGGAACGGUUUCCCCGCCCGAAGACUUCGUCGUUCCACAUCGAUGUUCCUAGGGGAGAGGCGGAAUAUAAUGGUAGGGGGGUUGUUGUGACUGUUUAUGUCAAGUUUCAGGAGUAUAGGGCUGUGGUUGACUUUGAUGAGGUGAGGAUUGCGGUUGAGUAAGGGGUCUAUCUGUUGUUGUUUGUUGGGAUUUCAGCUUUUUGUUUCGGUUCUGUAUUAUGUAUAGUCUAUGGGUUUGACGGUUUAUUGCUUCCCAGACAGAGUGGGGAGUGUUGUUUGCUUAUUGUUCGUUUCUGUAUUUGUUUAACUCUACUUGCUAAACGUUUCGACCAAUGUCUGACUGAACUGAUCGAUUCCUGAUUGUGUUGUGUGU